AUGUCCAUGUCCAUUGAGGAAGCCGGAAGGGUCCGCGAGGGAUUCCCUCGUCCGUUCCCGGAUACUCCCAGCAAUGUCCUGGAGCAAUUUCAAAUGAACGGCAAGGUCAUUGUCGUCAAUGGUGCAGCGGACGGAAUUGGUCUCGCUGUAGCGACGGCCAUGGCGGAGGCUCACGGAAACGUUGCGCUCUGGUACAACAGCAACGAUGCAGCAAUUGCAAGAGCAGAGGAACUGGCUCAGACUCACGGUGUGAAGACGAAAGCCUACAAGGUGGAAGUCUCCCAGCCGGAAAAGGUACAAGAGGCUAUUGCCCAGGUCGUGAAAGACUUUGGUCGGAUUGACGUCUUUGUCGCCAACGCUGGAAUGGCGAUAUCGAAGCCGAUUUUGGAGCAGACUCUUGAGGAAUACGACAAGCAGAUGUCCGUCAAUGUGAAUGGCGUGGUGUACUGUGCCAAAUACGUCGGCGAGGUCUUCAAGCGCCAAGGAAAGGGCAGCCUCAUCAUAACCUCCAGCAUGAGCGCCCACAUCGUCAAUGUCCCAGUAGACCAGCCAGUCUACAACGGCACGAAGGCAUUCGUCACCCAGUUCGGAAAGUCGCUGGCGCACGAAUGGAAAGAUUUCGCGAGGGUGAACAUCGUCUCCCCAGGAUUCUUCGACACCAAGAUGGGCGCCGCCCCGAGCGUCGUCAACGAGGCGUACCGCAUGACACCACUUGGAAGACAGGGACACACUAAGGAGAUCAAAGGACUGUACCUGUACUUGGCGAGUGAUGCCUCCUCUUAUAUGACAGGAAGCGAUGUCCUGAUUGAUGGCGGCUAUGUUCUUCCUUGA